ACAGGUCAUAAAGUCGCAACGAUAGUAAAGCGCGUUAGGAUGCGCUACGCGGAUAUUUUUGAUUGUGACUUUAUCCAUUAUUGUGAAACCGCAGGAAAUAAUCGUGACCCGAUGAAUAUAAACUUUCUACGAAUGAGCAACAUGGCAGCAAAGAGGCGUUAGGAUGAUACUAGAAAUAAAAACGAUCGAUUACGCAAGUUCGGUGUCAUCGAUGUGUCUUUCGAUGUUUUGAUUCACGAUCGUUUUUUAAAGUGCGACGUCGAAUCAACAAAUGCCGCGGAUAUGCUUCGAUUGGUAUCGAUAUAGAGAUCCUGAAUGGAACCACGAUGACAGUAAUGAAGACUGGUUGAAAUGUCAUGUGCUGUUUUAUACGCACAACCGAGGAAGUUCACCGUGUCGUUUUCCUAAUUCAGUGCUUAGUGCUUGGUAUCGUGUUCGAAAGGAACCCACGCAUAAUUUUCGCCCAUUACAAAAUAAAAGUUUUGCGCCAGGCAUCGAAACAUUAUUAUCUACUCCUCUGAAUAUUAUAUCGCGUCGUUUAUCAUGUUUCGUUGUGACGUAAACAAUGUUCCAGUUUUUUAAAAAACCUGGACAAAAAGACAGACCCAGAUCUUUCCAAACUUCUCCCACAAAAUCAACGAGCUCUGGGAAAUCAUUCGGGGAUGUAUUCAAUAGUGGCUCUUCGAUUCAAACAUCAACAGAUGCAUUGUGCAGCCUUGAGGAGGAAGAGGAGGAUGAAAUUUUGAAUGGCGAAACGGAAGAAAUAUGUUCCUUCAACUCUCAGCUUUCUAAGACGCUUCCACAGAUACUUGCAGACAAAGGUGCUCUAGGCUAUUUCAUUCAGUUUAUGGAAACACAGAAUUGUAUAGCACUUAUUAAGUUUUGGCUGGAAGUGGAAUGCCUGUGCAGUUCGUAUAAUGUAUUAGAAAAUACGACGGAGAAUAUCGAAUGCUUAAACUGUGUAAAGAAUACAAAUAGUAUUUCUAAUUCGAUAGACAACAAUGAAAAUUUCCAAUGUGAUGUGGCACAGAAUAAUAUAAAUAGUCAUGAAAGUAAGAAACUACUAUUCGACGAAUAUGUAAAUAGUAAUGAUGUGAAAUCAAAUUGCAACGACAUGCCAAAGACUAGUCAAACCAUAAGCAAAAUGCGACAAUCAAAUCACAACUGCAGAAGAAGAAAUAUGACUACCAUUAGGCAAGAUGUGUUAAGAAUUCAUAAAAGGUAUAUUACUAAGGAUACUUUGGGUACGAAUCAAAUCCCCGAAGACCUGAAAAUAAAAAUGGAGAAAGUUCUUACCUGUGAAAACAUUGAGCCUAUGUUGCAGUGCCUAUCAGCUGUUCAAAAGAUUGUAUAUCAAAUAUUAGAAAAUGAACACAUUAAUAACUUUUUACGAAGUGAAUUUCACUGCAAACAUCAGAUUGAUGUUCUUACAAGUGGCAAUGUACAGUUAGCAGAUAUAUUGUACAAUGAAACGGCAUUCUUUUAUUUUAUGGAGUUUAUGGAACUUGAAAAUAAACGUGAAUUAUUAGACUUUUGGAUGUCAGUCAUGAGCUAUAAACAAAAUUUAUUAGAAAAAAAGGAUACUGCAGAUCCUGAGGAAGCACAAACUGAUGCUCUAAUUAUUUACGACAAGUAUUUUAGCUUACAAGCAACGAUGCCCCUUGGUUUUAGCGAUAAAAUUCGUUUCCAAGUCGAACAGAACAUUUGUCGCGAAGAUGGAGAAGGGCCACAACCCGAUUGUUUUGAUAAACCUUGUAGAAUUGUAUAUAAUUUUCUGAAUAAGUAUUAUCUACCUACUUUCUUAUCAUCUCAGUUAUAUUACAAAUACUUAUCAGAAUUAAUCAGUACUAUACAAAGCAGUCCAUGUUCGAAUUUACAUCCUAGGCUAAAAAGAGCAGGUUCUGAUUGUAGUAGUGAGGUCAGUUCUGUUAGUAUCAAUAUGCAGAAUACCCUGCAGGCAGGGAAUGAAGGAAAUAAAUUGAACAAUAAUAAAAAAAUUACUGGUGGUAUGAACAUUGAUACCAGACAACUUUAUGAUCCAGAUUCCUUAUGGAAACGUAACAAAUAUAGUUUGAGCGUCGGUUAUAUUGAUUCGUUAGGCAGAUUCGUUACUGAGAUAGACCCCGACCCUCAAAGAAAAUACGAAUCUCGAUUAACACGUGCUGUAAAAAGGCUUGUAAAUAUGGAGCAGGAUAAGGCCAAAGAGGAGUUAGCAUGGAAGAUUGCUGAGAUGAUCGUUCGUGAGAUCACCUCUUUGACACGAGGAGCUUCGAAUUUUUCAUCUUGAUGACAGACGCUAGGUUCGACAUCAAGUCAUUUCUUUUUUACGUAAUAUACUUUGCGCUUUAAGUGUUUUAAGGUAAAUAUUCUGUUUAACAUUGUGUAUGUUUUCUUAAUUUUUUAUAAAACGACAUCGCGUAUUCCAAGUGCCAAAUUGCGUAAUGAUAAACCUAAUUAUUUUACUUUUAAAUAUAGCAAUUGAAAAAGGAGUGAGUUCGUAUCCAUAAGAUUUAAUAUAUUUAUUUGCUUUUCGCAACACGUUUAGAACACACGUGUAUAGUAUCAAAUUUAUUAUAAAAUGCACAUGUAUAUUUUCUACGUUUAUAAGAAUUCUUUUGAAAAAGUAAUUUUUUAUUGCGAUAUUAUUUCACUUUAUUCUACACACUCGUGAUAAGUUUAAUAAUUUCGGGUUUCAUAAAAAUAAUAAAAAAAAUUAUUGCAGUUGAAAGAAACAGAUAAUAAUAUCACUGUAAAUAAAAUACAAAGCUCUCGUUUAUAUAAUGCAUAAUAGCAAACCGGACAAACGAAAACAAUAAUUUUCAAGUGCUUUAACUUCAUACUCUUUCUAAUGUUUAUGAGAUUAUAAAAGUAUUCGUUUCUAUUCUAAGAUAUAAUUGUAAUUUUGAGGCGACUAUAUUAGACGACUUAUAUAUAUUAUAUAAGGAUGUACAGAGCAUAUGUAUUGUUUCGCGUUCAAUAUAGCGUAUUACUUAAAUUAUUCAACUGCCAAGUAUUUCUGUAAUUCAGUACAUUUCUUAUAUCUUCUGUGAACGUAAGUGUCUCUUGUUUGCAAAAAUAUAAAAGAUGAAAAAAGUAUUUUAUACGCGAUAGGUAAACAAUUUAUGACAUAUCGUAAAAAAGUGUGAUUGGAAUGCAAUACGUAUGUCUUAAAAAUCAACGAAUGAAAUGCAAUGUAGAUAUUAGAAAGUGAGUGGCCGUUUGACGAAAUUGUAGAUUUUUAGCAGCCAAGUUUCAAAUAAUAAUUUCAUUUAUUUCGCACAAACCUUUGCAAGUUUACUCCAGACAUAUAUAACGAUUACUACAGAUUCUUUGAGGCGCUCUUACAUUUCAAAUGUUUAUACUUGGCAGUAUUUAUUAUAGAAUUUUUAAGUGAUUUAUACAAAGCAUUCGGUUCGUUACUCGUAGAGUCGAAAAACUUUUAUAUACGAUCUGUCUUAUUAUGUAUAGCUAGGAUUAGUCGGUAAUAUAUAGCAUUACAUAAAACUUAUUUUAUUAAAAUCGAAUAUAUUUUUCGAAGAAAGUAUAAAGAAAAUGAAAAUUGCUAUACAUAAUGUACUAAGAAGAUGAGUUGGAUAAUGUGAUGAACAUAUGCAAUCCAAGACUAAUGUUCUUAAAAUGUUAGUGGAUUUUAAGUUGAACGACGCACGUUAGUUCCUCUUCCUUUAAAGAUAAAAGGAUAAUUAUUUUAAAAAUAGAUUAAUCAAUCUUGCAUAUAAAUCUUACAGUAUUUUGACAGUUUAUGCUCUUAUAAUGAUUUAUAUUUUUAAGGCUAUAGAAGAUUUCGUUUUUACAUACAGCAAGCAUUCAAGCUUUGUGCGUUAGUAUGAACGAACAAAUUUUGUAUUAGUUAUUAUAUUCCUUAUAUUCACACAGAGAUUUUGGUGCUACACGUAAAUACAAUUCGUUACCGAAAAACAUAGUCUUGGUACUCUUUAUAAAAUGUAUAUGUAAAUCUCUAGAAAAAGGAGUAUUCGAUCAUUUGUUAAUAGCGAUGUACAUAAGAAUUUUUUUUAUUAAAAGGAGAAGGGUUGUUGCAGGAAUAAAAUUUGUUAAUCAAAAAAAUCAAGACAUCUCUUUUGAAAAUUCUACGUGUAUUAUGUUUUGUAGAUAUGUAUUCUUUAAUGGUGCUCUUUAUUAACCGUAAUAAAAACGACGAUCAACAAAUUA